GCUCAAGCGAGAUCUAGGAUAGCUCCAGCUUGCGAUGAUGUGAUCCCCCCAGAAAGCAAUUUUCACAGCAACUGAUUUCCUGUGGCGCCUGUGACGUUCUCUUUCAAAAGUCGCUUUCUUUGAGUUAGAUUACGCAAGGGAGCAUCUUCAGGACUGAGCCAGAACUCUUCUCUUCACAAGUUUUUGCAACGAUGGCUGGGGACUCUCUCGCAAAUGGUGCCAACGGCCAUGUCGACCAGGCCAAGGAUGCAAAGGCCCCCACAAAGAAUUCCUAUGCGGUAAAGGUGGGACUUGCCCAGAUGCUCAAGGGCGGUGUGAUCAUGGAUGUGGUGGACGUGGAGCAGGCCAGAAUUGCAGAGGAGGCUGGGGCAGUGGCAGUCAUGGCGCUGGAGAGGGUGCCGGCGGACAUCAGGAGGGAGGGCGGAGUUGCGCGCAUGAGCGACCCCACUAUGAUCAAGGAGAUCAAGCAGGCGGUGACCAUUCCAGUUAUGGCGAAGGCUCGCAUCGGUCACUUCGUAGAAGCACAGAUUUUAGAAGCAAUUGGCAUCGACUACAUCGAUGAGAGCGAGGUAUUGACGCCCGCUGACGACACACACCACAUCAACAAGCACAACUUCAAGCUGCCAUUUGUGUGCGGCUGCCGGGACCUUGGGGAGGCCUUGCGGCGUAUUGCAGAGGGGGCAGCCAUGAUCAGGACAAAGGGCGAGGCCGGCACGGGCAAUGUGGUGGAGGCUGUGCGCCACGUGCGGUCCACCCUGGGGGAGAUCAGGAAGCUGCAGACGAUGGAUGAUGACGAGCUCUAUGUGUACGCCAAGGAGAUCCGUGCACCCAUCGAUUUGGUGCGGCAGUGCAAGGAGCUAGGGAGGUUGCCCGUUGUCAACUUUGCUGCAGGAGGAGUGGCCACCCCAGCAGAUGCUGCCCUCAUGAUGCAGAUGGGUUGUGAUGGCGUUUUCGUAGGCUCAGGAAUCUUCAAGAGCGGAGAUCCGGCCAAGCGGGCCCGCGCCAUUGUUGAAGCUGUGGCGCACUACAACGAUCCCAAGGUGCUGAUGGAGGUUAGCUGCGAUUUGGGUGAGGCGAUGGUGGGGAUCAACUUGGAGGACAAGAGGGUCACUCGGAUGGCAGCCAGAUCCGAGUAGAAAAUAUCAGCUGCUUGAUUUUAGGUACACAUUCUGGUUCUGUUUCGUUCAUAGAUAGGCUCGUGCGAAGUGAUCACACUAUCCAGAGCGAAAAGCAUAGUCUAGUGGGGCCUGUGGCACCCAUUGAAGGUCCGCCCUGUGACGAGGAUUUUACAGAGCAACGGUUAGGAAAAGUCGCCGAUAAGGCUACUGAGAACAUGCAAGGUAUUAUUUACUUCCUCUUGUGGAGUUUUUGUCAUAGCUCGAUCAUGGUUACUGCAAUCUACAGGCCAGCAUGAAGGUGCAGGCUGAUUUGAGAUUGUGUCGUUAUUGUCACUUAUCGCCAGGUCAUACGUUAUAGUUCAAUUCCAAAGCUCAAACUUAGUGUUUCUUAUAGCUUUCGGCCUUUCUUGUACAAUGCAU